ACUGCUGAGCGGUUGCUUGAAUUAAUAUGCACUUUUCUAUCAGAUGUAAAAUGAACGGGCGGAUGUGCUGUCGUGCGCUCGCCUGCUCCGCGUGUUAGUUGUAAUAUCGAUGUUUACUUUUGUGUGAUACAAACAAACGAAUAUUGUUUACGCGAUCGUAUGAAUUUUUGGAUAUCGGUUAUAGAAAAAGAUAGUGUUGUGCAUGUGUUUUUAAAACGUUAGCACUCACCUCUUGCAGUGAUUUCGCUGAUAGCUUAUUCGACGGCUGGUGCGCGUGAUAAACUACGUGUUCGAUUUUUGACGGCACGUAAUCGCCUAGUGUAUGUGAUAGUACCAUGAUGUGGGUUGUGACAUAGUGAACGCUGAAGUAAACCCUGACCUCUGGUAAACAUGUCUGGGCGAUCGGAUUGCAGGAAAUUCGCACCAAACAUCUUCAACAAGAGCAAGUGCACUAAUUGCUUCCGGCAGAAAGAGGAGCACAGUGCUGAAGCAUUGGAAUCUAAUCGGGCAAGCCGAAAGAUAUCAAAAUGUGGAUACCUGUUCGUGGCGCCCGGCUGGGAUUUCUCCAAUCCUCUCUACAGGACAAAGAGAUGGCAGCGGAGGUGGUUCGUUUUGUAUGACGACGGGGAACUGACCUACUCCUUGGAUGAACAUCCCGACACGGUACCGCAAGCUAGCAUCGACAUGACCGCGGUGGUGGAGGUGAGUGAGGCGGACAGCGUGACGGGUCACGCGCACAGCCUGGCCGUCACGUCGCCCGAGCGGGUCACCUUCGUGAAGGGCACGUGUCGCGAGGAGGCCCGCUGGUGGGCCGAUGUGCUCAGCGUCUACCCCCGGAGUAAGGGUCGACACAAACGAAAUGCAACAUUUCCCGGCGGACAAACGGCGAGCUUACUGCAGACAUCUACAACGAGAAAGUACUCGGCGGACGCGUCUACGCUUCGUGAAGCAGCGAGGGCGGAAUGCGGUGCGGGCGCGGCGGCGGGGCGCAGGUGCGGCAGCACCACGUGGCCCGGGCCGCGCGUGCAGCCGCCGCAGCCAGAGAUACCGAGCCUGGCGCUGGGGGGCCGCCCCACCACCACCCUGGACACCAAAGUGUACACGGACCAGCCUGUGUCGUCAGCGUCUCCCCCGACCCGGGACAAGAUCAAUGGCGAGGAGAAGGCGAGGUCGCGGCGCAGAGACCCGUGGCCGGAGCCCGAGCCCGCCCAGGGCAACGAUGAUGGAAAUGCUGUUCGGUCACCUCUAUUACAACAGCAACACCAACAGUACGACGAACAACUCCGAGACAUCGCGGCGUCGCUGACUCGCCCGCGGUCCAGACGGGCUCUACCUCCCACCCUCGAGAGACCCACCAGACUACCUCCGCCCGAUAGACUGCCGGCAAGAGGAACACCGGACGGUGGAGUUCCUGCGGAAGAAGGUUUAACGAGCUCAGGAAGUGAGGGUAGCGUAGCUACAGAUGUUGUUGAAGCUCCUGAAAGUGCAGAAGCUGGACGGGUAGAAUUACCGGCGGAGAGACUGCUACACGCAAGAGCUGGUUGGUUGCAGCGGCGGGGCCCUUCGGGCUGGUCCAGACAUUGGUUCGUUCUUCGCGGCGCAGCGUUACUCUACUUCAGAGAUCCACACGCAGAACAAAGAGGGCUCAUGGACGGCGUAAUAGAUCUGAGUGGAGUAGCAAGAGUCGUUGAACUGCCGACUUCCGCUACUACAAACGGAUAUGCCUUCGAAACAGAGGCGUGGGAUGGCAAGCAUAUUGUAUUAUCUGCUGUGACAGCGGGUAUCAGAACAAACUGGGUAUCGGCAAUAAGAAGAACGGCUGGCUUACCAGAUGCCGGGCAACUCUCUUUGGUUUUAAGAGAUGAUGGAGUGGAUCAAGCAUCUGAAUCAUCAACGUCUCCAAUAACCCCUAUCACACCAAAUACCAUGAAGUCGGCUCCAUUUUCAUCAGAUGAAGAAUAUCGAACAGCAUCGGAAGGUGGGCGUAGGGAUAGUGCGGAUUGGGGCGAUGUAGCACCACAACCGCCGCCUUCACCGAUCCUUAAUCGCACGCCAAUAUCCAAAGUAAAAGAAAAGGUCCGCGCAAGAACAUGUCACAAUAUCUCACUAAAAGUUGAAAGCAAAUGUGAUACUGACGAGAUUGACGCAACCAAAGAAAUGGAUAGUACAAUAGAUGAAGUUGAUGAAAAUGAGAAACCAAAUGAACCCAGAAAACGUAGUUACAUUUCAACAAUAGAUAAGCAAUCGAUUGAGAUUGAUGAGUUAAGAAAGCAAUUAAAACUAGCUUUGUGUGAUUUCGAUGCCGCUGAAUCUGAAUUGGCACGAUUAAGAAAAUUGAAGCUGGAAGCCUCCGCCCGAGAAAAGAAAAUGGAAGAGUUAGUUAUUACUUUGCAAAAGAAAGAGGAGGAGUUGUGUAUUAGAACAAAGGAAGCUGAAAGCUUAAAUACUAUAAAACAACUUUAUAAUCAAGAUAAAAAUAUAUGGGAUUCAAAAUUAACUGAAACGCAGAAUUUUUUAAAAGAAUCUACGGAACAUUGUGAGCUGUUAACUCAACAACUUACGACUGCACAAGAAGUUAUUAAACAACUGCAAAAAGAACUCAACGAAUUGAAUGAUAAGCUGUUAAGAAGUGUUAAAGAAAAUGAGAGUUUAUAUACAAGGAUUCGGGAACUAGAAAGCAAAGUUACUAAUGAGUCUCCAUCAAAAGAAAAAAGGAAAAGCGUUGGUUCUCUUUGUGAACUUGGCAACAUUAAAGAAAUUUCAAAUUUAGAAUCAUUAGAGAAGAAUAGACUGAUUGAUGAGUAUGUAGAAUUAAGAAGUAGAUUCAUCAAAGCAAUUCAAGAAAUCAAAUCUAUGAAAAAAGAACUUCGUGAGUCACAUAACAUGUACGAUGAAUUAGAAAUAACAAAUAUGAAGUUGAUAAAUGAAAUGAAACUAAGAGAACAGUGCAGCAGAUCAGAAAUCGAUUUGAUGGCAGCACGAAUUCUAGAUUUGACGCAAAAACUGACUGCUUCAGAUAAACAGGUUAGAACAUUGAAACACAAAAUCCAAAAAACUGAGUCUCGAGAAAAAAGACGUAGCUUAUCAUUAAAAGGAAGGGAGUCAUUUACAUUAGGGAAAGAAGUAGAAGAAAAGUUGAUGGAACUUGAAAAUAAAAUCACAUUAUUAGAGACAGGAGAAUCAGCCCCAACAAUAAAUUCGCCAUCAAAAAGUUCUUCUCCUGCUAAAGAGAAGCUUACAAAAACUGAAAAUGUAACUGAUGAAAAGAGGAUGAAACGAUUGGCUGCUAGAUUAAGGAGGAAAUCUUUAGAUAGUGCUACUAGUUCAGAACCAAUGAAAAUGCUUGUUCGGUUGAGUUCGCUAGAAACGAAAGUCACUUCCGUACUAGAAAAUCGCCGUGAUUUUACUAACUCUUGCGAAUCAUUAAACCACGCAACAGUAUCGGUCGAUAGCCCUGUAUUAAGCGAAAGCCAGGAAAGCUCUUUGAUCGGCACUCAGUCACAAAGGCAUUUAUUAGAUCGUUUACAGAGUCUUGAAAGUGUUGUCAUACAUUCGAGAAAUAAAGUCAAUGAGUGUCUUUGUCAAAUGAGUGCAAUGCGAGCAUCGAAAUCCCGCAGAUCACCAUCACCCGGCCUGGAGAAGAAAUACAGCUUCAAGUCAAUGGAAAAAUGUUUGUCAGAUGUCAGCAAGAGAUUACAAGAAUGCUUUGAUAAAUGUGUUAUUGAUAACACAGAACAAACUUCAACUGACUUUGUAAACGACAGUGUCGCUGAAGUUGUUGUGCAACUAGAAGAACAACUGAGGAUAAAGCUUUUGGAUAUAUCGAAACGAAAAGCCGUUCUUUACGAGGCUGGUGAGCUUACUAAGAGAAAGAGCUUAGAGCUUCUGGCGGAGAAACUCGCAUACGAGGCGGUUCUAGUCGGUAGAAUACAAGAAGCUCUACAAUCUUCAAAUGGCAGCAGAUUUUUCGCUAGAUUAAUAAAGUCUGAAAUAACAGAAACUAGUCAGUUAAUAGAUAAUCUUAAACGUAAGUUAAACGGAGAGAAUAGCAGAUGUAUCGACACCACCAAGAGCUCUUUGGACUAUCUUGCAAAGAUAUUAUCACGGAGAAUCGAUAUCAUGAACGGCUCUCACACUGGCAAAGAUGGACGUCGAUCGGAGUUCAUCGUUAAUAAUACAGACCUCGAAGCUUUAAAGGCAUCACAAAUAGAAGUAGCCGAGGCUGUCGAUAGAUACAAGAGCGAAAAAUUGGCCGAACUAUGUUCCGCUCUCGCGUGCGAGACGUUAUCGUUUACAAGUCCCGGUGACAGUGAUUUUGAACAAUACCGUGCUAACACAGAAGCAGCGAGGGUGCGCGAGGCGUGGGCUUCCGCGCGCGAUGUUCUCGGCGCCGAGCUGGUGCAGGCUGAAGUCGCGCGAGCCCUAGCUCGGGCGGCCCAACUCUGCGAACGAAACCUGGACGAAUCACGAUCGACUCGCCUCACACUGACGGCUCAGGACCGGGCGGACCUCGAGCUGUGGUGGCAGGCGGCCCACGACCACCUGCGCUGCGAAAUGGACGCCGCCGUCCGCGACAUCGCCGCCCGCUACCGAGAAUGCCUCGACUCCGACCGGCGCAAGGAGGGCUCUCCGGGACUCGACAGCCGCGCGCUGCUGCAGCAGCUGGCCGACGUCCUCGCCCAGAAGGCGCUGGUGGACGCCCGCGUCGCCGUCGUGGACGGCACCUACCGGGCGUCGGAGCCGCGCGACACUCCGUCUCGCGAAGACGCCGUCGCCUCGCUGGAAUCCGACCCCGCCGCGGAGGCAGAGUUCGUGUACCUAUUCCAGCACUUCUCGAACGAGUGCCGAGCGCUCUUCUCCAGUGACUGUUCGGGCAACAGUGAAGACUCGAUGAAGAUCUGCGAGAGCCUCGAGCGGGUGGAGGUGGCGGUGGCCGAGGUGCGGCGGCGGCUCGGCGGGGAAGACGCGGCCCCCGCGCGGGGCGAGGCCGAGGGAGGGGGCGCCGCGACCGUCGGGGACCGCGUCGAGGCGCUGCGGCGCCGCGUGGAGGCGCUGCAGGCGCUGGCGCCGUGCCAGCACUGCCGGCGGCUGCAGGAGGCCGUGGACCGGCUGACGGCCGAGCGCGCGCGGGGCGAGUGUGCGCUGGCGCAGCAGGCCGCGGCGCUGGCGGCGGCGCGGCGCGCGCGGGCCACGCUGCAGGCGCAGCACGAGCGGGAGCGGGCCGCGCUGCGCGAGCGGGCCAGGACGCUGCAGCGGCGCCUGGCCGCACUCGACUCGGAGUACUCCGCGCAGCUGGAGAACCUGCGGGCUGCGUAUCAGAGUGCAGUGUCGGCGGACACACACGGGGACGGUCUCCGCGCGCGUUACCAGCAGGAGAUCGAACAGUUGCGCGCACUGUGUGAGAAGGGUCUAAUGGCUAUGGAGAGCUCACACCGGCGGAUCGUGCGCGAGAUGGAAGACAAACACCGCGCCGAACGAGAGCAGCUGCGUUUGGAGAAAGAACAGGCCCUGGCUGAAGAGACCCGGGCAACGUUGGCAGCCCUGGACGCGAUGCGCAAGGCUCACGAGAACGAAGUGAGGCGGGAAGUAGACAAGUUCAAGCAGGACUUCCUGUCGCGCGGCACCACUGACCUGACGCAGAUCAGCACCAGGCACCAGCAAGAGAUGGAAGAGAUAAAGCGAGAGAUCCUGUCACUGUCGGAGAAGUACUCGGUGAAGUGUGUGGAGUCAGCAGAAUUGGAGGAACGGUUGGCCACGGCUACGGCACAGCUGGCGCAGGCUCACAACCAUAUCAUGCAGCUCGACUCGAGAAACAAACAACUUCGAGCGCAUCUCAUAUCAGAGGCCAAUGAGCUGAAGUCUGCUGAAUCUUCUACUCUCGCGCAGCUCAUAGAAGACACUGCACCGCAUGGUCACGAGGCGCCGCUGUGGCUCCACCUGCGACACCUGGCCGCGCUCUGGCAGGGGACCGGCCCGCCAGAGCAAGUCUUCGAGACUGAGUCCUUUGAUGGAAGCGACACGCGCGAGUCGGACCUCGAAGAUCCAGUUCGUGAACACGGAGACCAGAAACCUGCAGCUGUCACCUGUACAGAACUAACAUCGGACCGUUGUUCGAGCGGUCGUGCGACGGCCGCGCCUCUCGCCGGCGUGGUCGCCGAACGAAAGAAAAGAUUCGAACUUUAGCCUCGUCGAAGCACUGCGGACGACUUUACGAUCGAUUCGACCAGAUGUUUACUGAAUAUAAACGAAGUCGCAACUUGUAUCCCACCCUGUCAUCUGGCUGCUUUGCUUUGUUGUCAAUGUUUGUGUUCAAUCCAUUCUGAAUAAGAACAUAUACUAUCCGUCGCUUAUAAAGCGGGCGCUACAAUAGCGACAUUAAUUAAAUACAUAAAUUUAACCAAAAUAAAUAAACUUUCCAUAAUAUUAUUUCGGAACAACCUGUAAGUAAUCUAGUAGCCGCUUCGUAGAAGAAGUACCCACGUAAGGGUUGUUAGUUUGAAAAUUUCAAUGAUUUAGUUUAAUUGUUAGAUUUUUCCUGAUAAAGGUUCUACCCGUCUUUAAUUUUUGUCGCCACUGUAAUGCAACGCUGUAUAACCUAAACAAAAAGUCUGCAGUCGUAGUAGACUAGUGAAAAUAAUAAAGCAACCUGUAUAUUUGUAUGACCUAUGGCUAAUCUUGUUUACAACAUAUUUUAUCAUUCAAGUGAACGAGCUAGAAUCAAUCAUAAUUUAAUAACACGCGGUUGCUUUCGUUUUUUUUAGAACCCUGGCCGAUGUAUUGGCUAUAUGUCAAUUCCUUGCAUAGAUUUAGAUUACUGAACUCUUACUUGUACUAAUGUAUUUUAUAUUGACCUUAUAUUUAAGAUUACAACUAAAACCAAAAAUGACCUUCCUCUCGAGAAGUGGCCAGAUUUUCUCUCCCACCACAUUUACGUAAAUGUAUAUAAUUUUGUUUGUUUUUUUUUUUUAUAUUAUAAUCGUUUUAAAUAACCUGUAAGUGUAUACAUAUUUUUGGACUUGAACGAACAUACGGUGUUCUAUGUUCAUUGUAGUUUAGUUUCGGGUUAGUGACGAUUUCUUGUAAGAUUUUGCAACACUGUACAUACUAACUGUCCUGAUUGUCCCCUAAGUGCACAGUCUCCCCUCCCAUUUAUCUAGUAAGGAGUUUGUUACCAAAUAUUUUCUUAUUUAUGAGUUUACGACACGUUUAGUUUAGAACACGCGCGUCGCUUCAUACUCUAGCUUCGUGUGUUCGCCUAGCAUAGUUCUCUAUAUAUAAUCUGUAGAUUUAUGUAAUAUGUAUCCAUGCGGGAGAUUCGUAGUUAUAGUUUGUGUUACGUAUUUUACCGCGUGACAGUUUAUUAUCAUCAGGCUGGUUUUAAAUAGAAUAUACUGCAAGUGUUACCAGGCGGACGAGACCCGACAUUGUCUUCCAACCGAUCACGGUGAGAACAGACAAUAUUGUAAUGCCUUAGAUUAUGUAAACACGCACAUUCUUCUCAUCUGGCAACUAUCUUGAACUUGUAAUUGUCAAAUCUAUCACAUCAAAUUCUUUCAGUCUAUUUUUUUUAUUUUCCUCAAAUUUGGGAAUUUGUCUUUUCUUUUUUGUCGUCAAUGAAUUAAGAGAUUUAUUUAAUUCAUGUACCUAAUGGAGUCUGUCCGUGUUUACUUACACGUAAGUUAGCUGUUGUAGUUUGCUCAAUUGUUUCUAGUGUAUCGAAAUACCAAAACGGAACGCCAGCAUACGUUUAUUUUCAAAAAGAUGCAUUAUUAACAUAAAUAUUGAAAUUCUGUGCGCUGUGACACUCAAGCUUGUUAUUUUAAUUUUUAAAACAGAUGAAAAUGAUAAUACAGCAUAUUCCAAUCCCUAAAAAUUUGAUCAAAAUUUAGAUAAACUAUGUCUGGAAAAAGGAGUUAACUUAGUUUUUAAAUUAAGUUUUAUUAAUAAUAUUGUAUUCAAUAUGGUGAACUAAGUACCUACUAUACUUAAGUGUCAUAGCGAACAGGCUAAAAUUAUUAUAUUAGUUUAGUUUUGUUAAGUUAAAGUUACUCGAGAAACUUAUAUUUAUAUAUUAAUAUAUCUCCCCUGUAGUUGACGUUGUAAAGUGUUGGUUUAUAUAACAAAGAUUUUUAAAUAAACUACUUAAUAUAA